GCCCAUUAUUCCUCUUACUACUACCAGCUACGUCGUAUCAUCUCUUUUCCUCCCUCUCUGGACCCUCCGAGUCCGUAAAGCAUAUUCCCGUUUAACGGGCGCACAUUCUACAGCAGGCAGAGAAGGAGCUACAACUCCAGAUAAAGGCUCGUCUGCAGACUCUGAGCAUCUUAGGCGGAGUGUGCAAUGACAAGUGGUGGCUGAAAGAUAAGUAGCUUCCCUGUUCUGCCCGAUUUCGCAGGAUUCUUCUCUAACUAAGCCAGCUUUAAAUGAUUUUAUCACUGCCCUGUGGACGUUAGAGACACUGUUAGAAACACGAUUAGAAAAUAUGCCCAAGUUACACCAUGUGCAUGAGGCCUUGACUCCGCGCAAUGCCUGAUCACUCAUACUAGUUGGAAAAUACAUAUGUAUUUCAUAAGACCUAUAAGCCAAGCUUGUUCCACGAUGAACGAAUUAAUGCUAGCACGACCCACGUUCCUGCACUGCCCAAUUACACAUGAUUAGCGCUGCCUUGAGGCUUGUGGUCAAGGGUGUUCGGGCGUCUUUCAAUUUUGGUUCUACCGACGUACUCUCCCCUCCCACUGAUUCUUGCAUCUAUUUCCCUCAGGCUAAUUCCAAUUUUUACCUGUUUGCAAUGAGCGAAGACCACGGGCCGAAUCCUCCUCCAGAGGCUUCUGUAUCCAGAGAAACAACUGCUCGCGAGAGCUCGACCCAGCCCCGUGACGGACUCUGUCGGGCUCUGCGGAAAUUCAAGAAGAAUAUAAAUAAAAAAGUUUCUAAACGCUUCAAGCGCUCCCGCCCCCAAAUCCUCGCUGUCCAGAACGCCGAUCAUGAAAGUGCUUCAUCGAAUCAGAAUAUUGAGGAUGUGUUGCGUCUGCAUCCUUCCGAUGAUGACCAGCCCACCACGUCUAAGAAUCUCAGUACCAGUGGCUGUGUGAACCAAGGAGCGUCCGGAGAACCUGCUUCGAAGAUUCUCAAUACUCCUGGCGUGGAAGAGAUUCCGGAUUCCCAAUCAGUUGGUGCAGAACUUCGGGGUGCCCGUGGGGGAUGGGAAGGUACGAGGCUACUCGGGGGACAUGUCACUUCUGUGGUAUCCAAAGUCGAGGACGGCCCAAAAGAUCUCGCUACUGCAGACGAUUUUCAGACCACAUACCUUCAACCACUCAAAAUUUUCAACACUGUUAUUGAGAAUCUUACAAAUGUACACCCUUACGCAAAGAUGGCGCUGGGCGUGCUGUCUGCUGCAUCCAAAAUUAUUCUCGCUCAAACAGAACGCGACCAAUCAGUACAAUCCCUUCUGGAGAAAUUGGAACAACUUUACUGCUUCAUGUCACAAGAGGACACUCUUGCUCAGAUUUCAUCCCAGCUCAGUAUCGCUGGACGAAUCGCCCAGCAGACUCUAGAGUGCGCACGUUUCAUUAGGGAUUAUUCAGAGAAGAAGAGCUUUUGGAAGAGACUCGGCAAAAAUGUUGCCUCGGAGACGGAUGACCUGAUUAAACGGUAUAAUAACGCUUUGGAUGGGCUUAUGCAACAAUUUCGGGACCAAGCUCUUCGAGACAUAGCUGAUCUCGUCCGGUGUGCGAGCGAUGAACUGGGUGACAAACUGAUCCUCAGUGAUAUGCCUUACGCCGCAGCCGCCGGACUUGAUACCACAAAACAAUGCCUACCAGGGACGCGCAUGGCCAUUCUUUCCCAGAUCACUGAAUGGAUCAACGACAGUAGAGAUACUGCUCAGCGUGUGAUGUGGUUGUCUGGCCCUGCGGGCACGGGCAAAUCAGCCAUCGCUCACACAAUCGCUAACUGGUUUAACGACUCGGGAGGGCUUGGUUCGUGUUUCUGCUUCGACCGGCGUUCUGGAGCAGACGAGCGUCAUAAAAAAGUCUUCUCCACCAUCGCUCGCGACCUCGCUGACCGUGAUCCGGAGAUCAGACGCGCAUUGGCGAACGCAGUCGAACAUGCAAAGGCGCUCAAGAGCACGACGGAUAUCAUCCAGCAGUGGCGCAAGCUGUUCAUGGAACCGCUAAAGAAAUUUUCUGGGUCGAGCGUAGGGCCUGUUUUGAUCGUGAUCGAAGCGCUGGAUGAGAGCGGUGGAGCAGAGACACGGCGUAACCUUCUCCGCAUACUCGCCGGUACACUGGAGGGCGAAGGUCUUCCCCAAAUCACCGAACUCCCAUCCAACUUUCGAAUUCUUAUCACCUCUCGCGCUCUUCCUGACAUCAGUUCUGAAUUUCAGGAUGCUCCACAUAUCCGACGGUUAUCCAUGGACGACAUUUCAGAAAAAGACUCGAAGAGAGACAUCCGUACUUUUGUGUCUCACGAGCUGAAAAAGGUGUCUGGCCUUGGGGACAAAGAGUUCGGAGACCUCGCUGACAAAGCCUGGUGGACUAUUCGAAUGGGCGCGUCUUGCAUGCGAAUACAUCCAAAAACCCUCUGCUGGCUCAUAUCCAAUCGAACGCUUUAA